GCGACGUCGGUCCGGGUGUUUCUACCAGAGGAGUCGUGCACAGGCAGCUUCCCGAACCAUGAGACCGCUUUUAUUCAGUGUGCUGGGCUGCUCCCUGGUUCUGGCGGCGCAGGGGUUUUAUUCAGCCAGUGAUGAUGUCGUUGAACUGAACCCCUCCAACUUUAACCGGGAGGUGAUCCAGAGUGACAGCCUGUGGCUUGUGGAGUUCUACGCUCCUUGGUGUGGCCACUGUCAAAGCCUGACAUCUGACUGGAAGAAGGCUGCCACAGCCCUCAAGGGUAUUGUCAAGGUUGGUGCCAUAGAUGCUGACCAGCACAAAUCCCUGGGCGGCCAGUAUGGCGUCAGAGGUUUCCCCACCAUCAAGAUCUUUGGAGCAAAUAAGAACAAGCCAGAGGAUUACCAAGGGGCACGCAGCAGCCAGGCUAUUGUGGAUGGAGCCCUGAACGCCCUCCGCUCCCUGGUGAAGGAGAGGAUGAGCGGUGGCAGGUCUGGAGGCUCUGACUACAGCAGACAGAGUGGCAGCGGCAGCAAGAAUGAUGUGGUGGAGCUCACCGAUGACAACUUUGACAAGAUGGUGCUGAAUAGCGACGAUGUCUGGCUGGUGGAGUUUUUUGCCCCCUGGUGUGGACACUGCAAGAACCUGGAGCCAGAGUGGGCGGCUGCAGCCUCAGCUGUCAAGGAGCAGACGAAGGACAAAAUUCAUCUGGGAGCUGUGGAUGCUACUGUACACCAAGGCCUAGCCAGCCGCUACGGGAUCCGCGGGUUUCCCACCAUCAAGAUUUUCCGUAAGGGAGAGGAGCCAGAGGACUACCAAGGGGGCCGCUCCCGCUCAGAAAUCAUUUCCAGGGCCAUGGAUCUGUUCUCAGACAACGCCCCCCCUCCUGAGCUGUUGGAGAUCCUGAACGAGGGCAUCCUGAAGAAAACGUGUGAGGGCAGCCAGCUGUGUGUGAUUGCUGUGCUACCCCACAUCCUGGACACGGGUGCUGCUGGCAGAAACGGUUACCUCGAGGUGAUGAUGAAGAUCGCUGAGAAGUACAAGAAGAAGAUGUGGGGCUGGCUGUGGACCGAGGCUGGCACUCAGAUGGAUCUGGAGGCCGCUUUGGGCAUCGGUGGCUUCGGCUAUCCCGCUAUGGCUGCCAUCAACUUUCGCAAGAUGAAAUUUUCCCUGCUCAGGGGCUCUUUCAGUGAGACUGGAAUUCACGAAUUCCUCAGGGAUUUGUCUGUCGGUCGUGGUUCUACUGCUAUGGUUGGAGGUGGAGCCUUGCCCAAGAUAAACACUGUUGAAGCCUGGGACGGAAAAGAUGGAGUGCUUCCCGUGGAGGAGGAGUAUGACCUCAGUGACGUGGACCUGGACGACUUUGAUAAGGACGAGUUAUGAGCCCCGAUACAGAUGCAGCCAGGUCCAGACCAACCCCGCUUUGAUCCGGCUCGAUCUGGGUCUGGCCCUGCGUGACCGGCCUCCCCUCUCCUGUGGACGAAUGGGGAGUCCAGUUCACUCAGUUACUGAAAUACUCCAAAGGAGGCACCUGCAGCUUCUCACAUCAUCCUUAUCAGUCAGUCAGUGUGUGUGUGAUUGUUUGGGGGGAGAUGCGGUGACCUCUGACCUCACAGACCUGCUGAACAUCAGAUGCUGCAUAACUCUUAACAGUCCCUGCCCUGUGGGGGUGGGUUUGAGGGGGGACGAGGGUCUGAAUGUGGCAGUUCACUUCAAGUCUUUUCAGCCACUGUUAUCCCGUCUGCUCUUUAGCAACACGCCAAUGAUUUUAUCGAGGGUGUGAAACCAUUCAAGUAAAGUCUCCAAAACGUCUAGCCCCAUGUUAUAACUUUGAUUCACUUUCCUUUUGUUUUUGUUUCUAAUUCAGCGGAUGAUAAUGUUGACGGUCUUGCAUCGUGUCUGCCCAGGGCAACGGGAUACUGUGGGACUUCUUGUGUAGAUUUUUCUUACACAACUUUAUUUUAAUUGUGUGAAAACAAAAUUACAUUUUUGUUACAAAAAUAAAAAGGAAUAAAAACA